AAAAGGGGUGUUGCCCGGGCAACUAGGGCAACACCCUAGCUGGGUCCGCCACUGAGUUACAAUUAUGAGGUCAUAGUAGGGAUGACGUCAACACUUAAGCGAUGCCAUUUCCAGUGUUAUGAAUGCCAUCCAAACUUGGUAAGGUUAUAUAUAUACAGUUGUAAAUUUUUGAUUAUACUCUAACGUAUUAAUACAUUUGUAUUCCAUGAUGGUUAACGUUAAGGAAUAAAAAUCAGUAUUUGAAAAAAUAUUACCGUUUAAAUAUGAUGCUUUCUAUAUUUAAAACCAAUUAAGUAUUAAUUAAUGAAAAAAUGUACCAUACUAUAAAUAACAUUCAAUUAAAUAAUAAUGAAAAUAAAACCAUUUAAACGUAUUUUAAAAGUUUUUGAUAUAUUUAAGCCGCUCUUGAUUGUUUUCCUGACAUUACCCUUUCCCCAAAUAGCUAACCAAUCAAAACAACCGAAGUUGACACACCUUCCAAACAUAAACAAUGUCAAGGUCAAGUCCAGUCUGCUGUACAUACAUGUACUACACGUGUUGUGGAUGUCUUUACCUACGUUUUCUAUGAGAACUUUACUUGGCUUUGCGAAACAACGGGUUUGAAAUCUCACUAGUGAAUUGUUCAUACCUGAACGUGUGUGAUAUUUUCACAGAGCGACUACUGCGAGUAACUGAAAUCCACUGUGACUGUCUCGGUCUGUCGGUGACCAGGCGACUACCCGUAUUUGUCAUAUUCUACUGAUUGAAAGUGUUAAAAAACAACACGAUGCAGAGAACGAUGACACUGUGUUCAUGUCGAUGUUUGCUCCGACAAAAUCGACAGUCCUUGUUGACUGGUGCGAAAACAUUUUCUUCCAAAAUUCAAAGAAGGUCUGGGUUUGUAUUAGAAGCUAAUCAAACUAUUUCAAGGUAUGGACAUAAGUUGUUAUGCCAGAGGCUUCCCUGCAAUGCAGUGGCGGGGAUACAUACCGAGACCAUUGAGCCAGUUCCAGUGACCUAUGACCCGAACGAAAAACGCAGCAGCAGUGGAAUGGUAAUGAAUGUGAAAGAUUUUGAAGACAAACUCUUCAACCACCUCGCUGACAAAGAUGAUAAAGUUUCUAUCGGAAAAUUCAAGAGUAUGCUACAUAUGACUGGUCUACGAGACACUGAUCCUCGCCUCUCCGAAUGUAUGCAGAAUUUUGCCAACCUUCAAAAUGAAGCAGGUCUACAAGAUUUGUACGACAGUGUGAGAGUGGAUCGAAACCAGUUCAAAGAGUGUAUCAAUGAUAAUAUCGUCCUCAUCAGUAAGGCCUUCAGGAGCCAGUUUGUCAUUCCUGACUUUGUCGACUUCCGGCGGAGAAUAGAUCGUCUGUACAGACAAGCUAGAACAAACACGAGGGGAGAGGUUGCGAACUACAUCCCUCAGCUUGCCCGGUAUAGUCCUGACUAUUGGGGUGUUUCUGUGUGUACUGUAGAUGGACAGCGCCAUUCCAUCGGCGAUAUCAAUGUGCCGUUUUGCCUGCAGUCGGUCAGUAAACCUCUGACAUAUUCCAUGGUUCUUAACGAACUCGGACCAGAGAUCGUUCAUCAAUAUGUUGGCCAUGAGCCAAGUGGUCAUCCUUUUAACAUGAUCUGUUUGGACCGUAAUGACAAGCCUCAUAAUCCUAUGAUCAACUCUGGUGCAAUUGUUACCUGUUCGCUAGUCAAACAAGAAAUGAACUCAGCUGACAAGUUUGACCAUACCCUUAGUAUGUUUAAGAAAUUGGCAGGUGGAGAAUUGAUGUCCUUCAACAAUGGAGUUUAUCUGUCUGAGAAGGAGACUGCUGAUAGAAACUUCGCCCUCGGCUACUACAUGAGAGAGAAAAAGUGUUUCCCAGAGGGUACCAACCUGAAAGACGUAUUGAACUUUUAUUUUCAACUCUGCUCUGUUGAAAUCAACUGUGACUCCGGGGCAGUACUUGCAGCCACGUUAGCCAAUGGAGGGGUGUGUCCUACCACGGGGGAGCGCCUGCUUACCUCACAGUCCGUCCGUGACACUCUCUCCCUCAUGUUUUCCUGUGGCAUGUACGACUACUCCGGCCAGUUUGCCUUUAAGGUCGGCCUCCCCGCCAAGUCAGGUGUGUCUGGGUGUGUCCUCAUGGUCGUGCCGAAUGUCAUGGGGAUUUGUAUGUGGUCGCCUCCCCUUGAUGUGUGGGGAAACAGCUGCAGGGGAACACAGUUUUGUGAGAACUUCAUUGAAGCUUUUAGCUUCCACAACUUUGACAUUGUAAGGCAGAAAAAGGCCACAAAAAAUGACCCCCGCACCACAAAAACUCACUCCCAGGCAUUUGAAAUAGUGAAGCUCCUCUUUGGAGCCUACAACGGGGAUGUCACAGCAAUGAGGAGGUAUGCUCUGUUAGGUGUAAACCUUAACCAGCAAGACUAUGACGGAAGGACAGCACUUCAUGUGGCAGCGGCAGAGGGUCAUAUCAAUGUCGUCGGCUUCCUACUGGAGAAAUGUGAACUGAAUUCUUCAGUUAAGGAUAGAUGGGGAUUUACAGCUUUGGAUGAGGCCAAGCGUUUCGGACACGAAGAUGUGGCACAAAUGUUACAGCUGUACCAAAAACGAAACGGUUGUACUUCAAAGAGUUGAGGGUAUAUUUUAGUAGAUAUUCAAUCAUCUUUGAAUUACCAUAAGAUGUAGUUUGUAUGUCUGGGAAAAUAUUUAUUAUCUAAGAUAUUCAUGUACAUUUGUGUGACCCUUAUUGAACCGAAAAUACAAUGUGCACAUCGUCCACACACGAUUGCACACAACCCUGCGAUUUAACAAUCAUUCUCCUGUCUGUGUGCUGGAGUCAGCACAAAUGUGUGAUUUAGUACGAUUAGUUGAUCGAUAUUACAGGAGGAUAAAACCUGAUAAUGUUAAAUCCGAUCCGAUGAACUUACAGAAAUAGAGACAUUGAUUUCUCUUCUGCAAUCCAUCACAGGUGUGUCUUGUGUUUUUGCUGGGAAAGAUCGGCUUGUCACCGCUUAAGUGUGACGUCAUGAAAAGUGAAUGACGAUAUUCAUAUGCCACAUGUUUUGUUUACAAUGAUGCCAGAUUACUGUUGGCAGAGUUGUGACUAAAACAAUCUUCCAAAAUAAUCAUCCCCUUCCUUGAGGGUGUAACAGUGUCUGAAAUCUGCAGCCCUUGGGGUGUCGUCAGUCUAGUUGUCUAACCCUCAUCAGACCGGGCUGGAUAAUGAAAAAAUAAUCACCUCUCAGGUUCUGGAUUUCUUUGUCACCUGGGGCCUGUUCAUUUAUGCGAAACGACCUGUUUGUCCGUUUUUAACUGUAACAAUUUUGGUUAUAAAUCCUGGCGGACCUGCAUAUGUAUAUGCAGGCCUUGCAAGGCUUUGUCAAGGCUUGUCUGAAGGCACGAUAGGAUCACUAGGUCCGACAUUAUUUAAUUAACGAACAACUGUGGUCCGACCAGUUCAACCGUUUAAACGACAACGGCCCUGCUCUAGGUAGGAGAAAUUAAUUGUGAAUAAAACAUGUAACCAUUAUCUGUAUGAUAUGUGUGGAAAUAAUUGUAAACCCAGCACGUCCAGCACGGAUGUGGUUCAAACAUUCCUGAGGGAAAUCUUAUCACUCUCUGAGAACCUUGUCCAGUGUUUUUGAGGAGUUUUUAGAAUGAUAUCCCUACAUUUCACAUACCAAUAAAAUUAUAUAAUAAUAAUCUUUAUCUUCACUAUACCUGAUUGUUUGUCUUUGUGCUACUUACAUUCACAAUAUAUGUAAUAUAUGGUAGUGGUAGAAAAUUUAAGUACUGACAAGUUACAACCGGAAGCCUUUCACCACUGUAGACCAUAAUGGACUCAUCCAAAUCAGUGCAUGGUAGAGUCUACUCAAGUUACAUAGGGGUGAAAGGGUUAAAACACUCUGUGCAUAUUAUUUUCACAUGGUAACAAUAACAUUUAGCGAAGUCUUGCAUCAUUAUGAGCAAAGGAUACACUGACAUAUUUUAAUGUAAUUUUAAUCCUACAAUACUUCAUUUCUAAUUUCAUUUGCUUAAUAAAUAUACAU